CUCCAUUCGAUAUGUGCUGCUACUUUGUGUCAUGACGUAUCUGAUGAAUUACAUGAUUGAGCAUGAAUGCCGCUGUAGUCGAAGCAAAAGAAAUAAACUUAUCAAUCGGUAUAAUUAAAAAUAGAUAUUUCGCAAUGUAAUGAAAUUAAACACCUCUAUCGAGAAAAUAUCGGGUAGGAGGUGAGUAGUAGCGAGCACUUUCCUACAAAACUGGCACAGAAAAUGUUUUCGAUAAUAGCUCCCACUUUUGAUGCCUUCAUACACAUUUCUUUUCGCUGCUCUUCGGUCAGUAGCCGCUGAAUUAGUUUAUUGUUGCCGCAUUCAACUCAUUGAUUCCGCUGACAGUACAGUACCACAACUAUCGGAUCGGUUACCCUACUAGCUUGCUUCUGGUUGUCAUCACAACGAUGCUCACGGAUAUCGACAAACAUCAAUCCGAGAUGUGUCUCUCCUUGUUUCGGAUGUCAAAAAGGCAUUCAAGGGAAAUGCAUUGCAGUAUAGGCCGACGUAUUCUGAAAUCGAAUCAUUUCAAUGACGUAUAUUGUAGUAUGGAGAGUGAAGAGCGAUGCGUACUCUACCUUAUCGACACAAAGCAACUUUCAUGCAAUACCACGAUGUUUGGAAGUGAAUCUGCUUUGAUAAAAUAUUUCAAGGCUUACCUUAAGCUACGAAAACAGGCAGCUCAUUUUAUAAAGGAGGUAGCAGUUUGGACUAGAAUGAAUGCUGAUUGGGAGAAGAACCCUGCUUCGAAAACUCAGCUGGAGUAUGUUAUCGAGAAUAACGUGAACGAUUUAUUUGAUCCAUAUGAGUUUGGUAUCAGCAGGUAUCGAAUUCGGUUAGGAGUAUCGACUGAAAAGCAGCUGAUAAUGUUGUGUCAUCCCUUAUACCAAUUGGCUUCUAAAAUAGCACAUACGAUGUUCAAGAAAUCUGUCAUAAGCCCGUCAAGAAUAUCGAAAAGGUUUUUCAUGAUAUUACUGAAAGAUGUAUUCAAGGAUCAAAACCAUUUUAAAGAUGAUUUUUUGCAAUGUAGUGAAGACCUCUGUUGGGAAGCAAAACAAUUCUAUGGUUAUUUGGAGCACGUUCUGAUUGAAAAAUAUCGACAAAGAAAUAUUAUGGGUUUCUAUAAAUUGCUUCAAAUUGAACAAAUGCCCUAUGCAAAGUUUAUUGAAUUACAGGUUGUUGAUAGUGAAUGGAACGACGAGUACAUCAGCAAAAGUGCGUGGAAUGUCGUUAACCAUGUCAGUCAUGAGGACGUUCAACAGUUUCUAUCAACAUUUGCGUUAUAUACAAAUAUUCCUAUGGGUAAUCAAAUCAAUAUAUUGCUACCAAGGUACUAUAACCUACGAACUAAAAACAUGAUGGAGAAUAUUUAUGCAUCUGGUGUGCUGGUGCGAAGUGCUGAUAUAGAUGAUCUAUGGGCAUUGAUGAAUACGGAACGGUAUGAAGACGUGUAUUGUUUCGAAAACUUAUUGUUCAAACCAGACACUCUAAAAGAUUUAGCAAAGGUUUUGCUAACGUACGUUGUUUAUAAGAAAUCAUAUAAUAAAAUCAUAAUAGAGGCUUGUAACGAUGUGCACAUAUCUGUUAGUAGAGUUAUAAGGAUAUUAGAAAAAUCAACCAAUAGGUAUAUUUGUGUGAAUGGAACCCAAUUUAUGGAGAGGCAAAAAAACAUAUCUCAUUUAAUACAAAUAUUGCUGAAGUAUCAUCUUGAUUGGUGGAUUGUUCUGGUCAUAGAGGAGAAUUUUUCAGCAUUCGAUGAUUUUUGGAAACAAGAUUAUCGCAUGAUCAUAAUUGUUGCCGAAAGCAACAAUUUUCACAAUCAGUCUGCUUUUGCUUACAAAGAUCGGUUCGUAUACAGUGACCUCGUAGAUUCUGCCAAAGACAAGAUUUUGUCAACGCCAGUGAUCCUGCAAGGACGUCAAAGUAAGUUGGGAACUUUAUUGAGCGAAAAUGCUUUGGCGAUGAUUCCAAUUAGUGCUCUAGGGUACUUAUCGCGAAACUAUCAUCAGAAUAUUGUGAUUGGAAAGCAACUUGACGUACUAGAGUUAAAACUGUUUAUCCCCAGAUAUUGCCGAACAAACAGCCAUUUUAAAAUUAAUCCAUUCGAAACGGAUCUCAGCUCUAUUUCGAUUUUGUGUGGAUUGCCUGGAAUAGGAAAAAGCCAAUUAUUAAUGCGACUGGCUAUACAUUUUUCUAAACAAUUUAACGAUAGUGUUGUUCUGUUAGUGGAUUUCAAACGUAUCGUUGAUUGGCUCGACGAUUCCUUCAACAUAACAACAUUAGUUCUUAGACUAAUGAACCUCAGUUGUAUCGAUAAUAUCCAAAAAUUCAUAGUUCAAAGAAUAGUAGCAGAUGAGAAAGUGAUUUUAUUACUGGAUGGGUUCGAUGAAGUUUGCUUAUUAAAAAUGGAACACGCAAAUAGAAUUAUCAAUCUUUUCAGCAAAUCUAACCAUCGGCUGAUUAUUGCUACCCGACCACAUAGACUGGAUGUCUUACAACAAUAUUUAAAUGAUUCAAUAGUUUAUAAUAUACUACCGUUUACGGAAGAUGAACAGUUGCAGUUUCUGGAACAACGUUUGAGUAAUGUUCUUUCAAAUGAAUGGCAAUGCACUGACCUAAUCGAAACAGUUAAAACAGUAUUCAAUGGAGAGAAUCCUUUGGGCAUUCCACGACAAAUUGAAAUAAUUGCAUCAAUGUACGACAAUGUAAAAUCAACUAAUUUAUUUUCUCUAAGAAAUGCCGCUGAAGUAUUACAAAUAUUUGUUGACAAGUGGAUUGACAUAUAUUUCGAAAUUUUUUUCGAUCGACAUGAUGAAUCUCACGACAGCAUCAUAGAGACACUGAGAUUCAACUUUGAAUGUGAUCAUUCGGAAAUAGCAUUCCGUUUGGCCACCAAUCAAACCAUCAGACCUACGGUAUUUUCAAAUGCAGUACAAUAUGGAUUACUUCGCAUUGAUAACGGGAAGGUGUCAUUUCGUAUUAGCUCGCUUACGAGUUUCUUUUCAGCUCAAUAUGUGAUACGUCAUCAGAUUGGUCAACACCAGUUCAAUCGUUAUAUGUUAGAACAUUUCUGUAGACCUAAUGAUCGAUUUGAUAUUUAUUUGGAACACCAUUUAAGCAAAACAGAUUUUCAUAGAAAACCUUUGGGCACAAUGCCUGCGAUUCAAAACAUAAAUCUAUCAGAGCUUCGCAUUUUACAGAAUCAUAGGAUCCAUGCGGACAAAAUCAAACAAUUGCAUUUGUUUCUCGUAGAAUGCAGUUCUGUCGAACAACAGCUAGGAUACAUAAGAAAAGCCAUUGGAAACGCCCAUUUAUUCACAUUUCAGGUACUGUACGAAAGUCUUCCGAAAAGUUUAAUCCAAGAACAACGUUUCAAAUUCACUAGUGACAAAGUUGAUCCGUUCAAGAUAGAUAUUUCCGGCGUAAGCGAGGAAUAUCUUGUUCUGCUUUUAAAAAUUCUCUAUCAGGAACAUUCAAAUGAUUUCGUGACAAAAAUCAUGUCUAACUUUGAACGAAACGAAGACGAUUUCGUCAGUGCGGCAAUCAAGCGCGAUUAUCGUGGGCUAAUAGAGGAAAUGUUCCACAUCGAGCAGGAUUUGACCAACGAGGAAGAAAGUGAUCUUAUGCAAGAGUAUUUGUCCUCUAGAUGGUCGCAUUAUUUAAGGCUCGCGGUUGAACAUCGAAGGAAUGCUCUCCUAAAUCUGGUGUUAGGGUUCAUAGAAACGAGGUUUCACUCAAGAGUGAUUAAGCGGUUUCUAAUUAAUUCUAACAUAUUGCGGGUUCUAUUUGAGACAUGUAAUAGCGAACAAGUGGAUGUGUCAGUUAUGAAACGAGUGCUGGAUUUCAUUGAGCAACAUUUAAGUAAAUACGAUUUGAAAACUCUAUUGAAUCGAAGUGUGGAUGGUUGGAUUUUUAUUGAACGGAUAAAAACAUUGCAAAAUCCGAGAGCUUGCGAAUUAUGUGAAUCAUUGUUGAAGUGUUAUGGAACCUUUCAACGAUAGCCUCAACAUUUUUAUUUGCUGAAUAGAUUUUUUUAUUCCUUUCUUUAUUUACUAGGUACUCUGUGUUACUUAACCGCUACUGUGCCGAGAUCUACUGUGAUAUUCUGCUGUACAGAAUCUAUUUUUUGAUUUCCAUCAAUCAUUAUUGUUGUUAUUGCCAGUCCAUCUCGUCGUGAGUCUAUUGUGUCCGUUUGUCCUUGUCGUGUAUUAAAUUUUAAUUUUUUUAUUAAAUUUUAAUGAUCGAUAUUGAGAAGAACAAGCCAUGACGACAAGGCGCGUAUCCCAAAACGCCACCUCAUGGACUAAAUCGAUUCUUUAAUUUAACUCUCAAAAGAAAUCUAACUUUGCUUUGCUGUUUCAUUACUGAAAUAUUUAGAAUCUUGAUUACGGGAAAAUAUGGACAAACAAUUGUGUACUUGAAUUGUUCGCUCUAACGGUUAAUUAAUGUUGGCGCAGUAGAACACUUGAAGAGUCCUUCGUCGGCGAAUAC